CGAAUGAGGUAGGGUCAAGGGUAAGAGUAUGUGGCAAACCUUCAGGAAUGGGAUGGGAAAGAAGUGAUUGAUUCAGGAGUCGCAUAGCAUUGGGAAAGCUUUACUUUCAAGUCUGGACAUUCCAGCUUUCAAGCUCCUGUAUCUUCUCCCAGAAGGCAGAAAAGAGUAUGACAGGUAUCUUUUAUGAUACUUUCAGCCUUCCAGAUACAAUUUCUUGAUUAGUACAAGUUAUGGGGAGAAGGCAGGAGAAUGAGGUUAGAAGGGAGAGAUAGAUCAGCCAUGAUUGAAUGACAGAGUAGACAUGAAGGGCCGAAUGGCCCAAUUCCACUCCUAUCACAUAUGACUGCAUGGCGAUGAUGGACUGGAUGGAAGGAAGUGAUGGGCCUGUGGUAGACUGGGCUUGUACACCACUCAUGGCAGGGUACAUCCUGUCAGAACUUAUUUUAACACAUUUGUAGAAAUUUGAGAGAAUCCUUGUGUGUAUGCUGAAUCUCCUCAGAUGCCUAAGAGAGUAAAUACUCUAGAUCAGCCUCCAGCCAGGUUAGGUUGCUGUUGAUAUUGAUCCACAGGAACUUGAAGCCAUCGACCAUCUCUUCAGCAGCUCCAUCGAUGAGGAGAGGGUUGUGUUCACCCCCUUGUUUUCUCUUGUCAAUAACUAACUCUAAACUUGCUGGACCUGAAUUUAAUGAAUAUCUUCUGUGAAUAAAAUCUCUCACCAGCAUCUUAACCAAUGUACUGCUCUGGAUUAAGCUGGAUGUCUGUGUGUCCACAAAUGUAUCUGGGAUGAAACUGGAACUCCCAGGGAAAAACUAGGGGAAGAAAAGAUUCAAAUGCAAUGAAAUGAGAUUGCAUUUUGUUUAAAUGCUAAUUUCCACCACAGUGGAUUUGACAACUAUUCGGACCAAUGUGUACAAACUCAGUUGAAUGAUUUUGUGGUCAAGCAAGUAACCUUUCUGAAUGGAGACCAAUGUCACAGUGACAUCAGUAUGCAAGCUCUAAACUCAGAUUCCCCCGGUUAAUUAAACAAAGCAAUCAGAUUACAACAUUUAGUUAAUAGUGCAGCCAUGCAACUUUAUCUGAAUAGGUCACCCAUAGUGAACAAUAACCCAUCUUUUCAACGUUGGUGCACAAACCUGCUGCAAAAUAUAAUUUCACAUGGGUAAUUAUCAGACCAAUAAUAUUUUACAGAUCAAUCUUUACCCAAGAUGCAUUAACUGCUUUCCAGUUGCAUGGCUAUGCUUAGGAAGUCUUUGACUUAAAAUAGAAUCUGCUAAAACUAUUGAAGUUCCAGGGACUUUAAAAUUGAACUGCUGAAAACCGUGUAUCAAGCCUCCCAUAAGCAACUGAACUCAGGACUUUGGCACAUGGACUCGGCCUAGCACAUGGCCAUCUAAAUUCAGAACUGCGUGCAAGUGCCCAGACUUUGGCGUACCCGGGUGCACCUGGACAUCCUAUUUGUGAGCACCUGACUUAAAACACUCAAACAUAUUGUAUUGCUUCAUAUAACCAGUUUAUCUGAUACAUCAAAAUUGUUUUCUUCAUCCUAGCUUUCACCUCCUUUGAUUUUAUUAGGCAAGAAACAAUCAAUAUGCAUAAACUGAGCAACCUGACCAAACGAAAGGACAAUAUAUUUCUAAAACUCUUUCAAGUAAUCAUUUCAGUCAAUUGUGCCAUGGUUUUUCGCACCAACCUUUUGGUUCAGGUUCAGACUUCUUUCUUCAAUACCAGACAAAACUUAGGCAUCUAUCUAUUUGGUUUGUUUCUCCUCCACCAAAUUUGACUUAAAUGUGAUCCAAAUGUUUCUAUCCAUGUCCUAUCGAGAUGUUGCCUGACCUAUUGAGUUACUCCAGUACUUUGUGUUCUUUUUUGUAAACCAGCAUUUGCGGUUCCUUCCACUUGCACCUUUGUUGAAAUCUGUCUUUUAAUAAGCAACUCAACUGAAAAAAGAAAUUGCGGUUGUUUCUAUGUAAGAAAUAUUGCCAACAUGUGAUCCAGUGCUAACUGAUGUUUCUAUGAACUUGGAUCCAGCAAUUUGUUUGGUGAGGUUACCUGUAGUAAUUUUCACUGCAGUACUUCAUUGGUGGUGGGGCGAUUUGAUGGAGCUGUGGUAUGUCUGAGAACUAUUUCCACUCACAAAUACAAUUUUUCCAGAAGCCCAUAUGAAGCAACAAAUGCUGCAAAAACAUCCAGUGUUUUACACAUGGUUGUUUGAUUUUGCAGAAACACUUUUACUUACUUUGAAUGGCUGUCCAAUUAUUCCCUUUUAAAAUUUGCUAAAUCUAUGUGGAACCAUUGUCAUACUAUGACAAAACCAAACUCCAUGUGCACAAGGUAUUUCUGGUUCCUUGUGCUCUUAUAAAAAGAUGUUGAGGAUUGGAUCAGACAUAGCACAUAGAACAGUACAGCACAAGAACAGGCCCUUCGGCGCACAACAUCUGUGCCGAAGCUGAUGUCAUGUUAAACUAAUCUCAAGAGAGUCAAGAGUGCUCUAAUAUCUUGUCCCAAAACAGAGGAAUUAAAUUCUUACUUGCAGCAACACAACAUGUGGGAGGGACUCAAAUAGAGAAAGCUAGUGGACAGUGUGUGAGGCAGGAGGCAGAGAAGGGAAGCACUCAGACCCAACAUGUAGGGGGGAAAGAAGAAAACAAUAAUAAACAGAGAAUAAGAGGUGGUGGGGUUCUUAAAUGUGUGAGCAGAGAGACAGGGGUGUAAAAUGAGGGUAGAAGUAAUAGGUCGCAAGGUGAAAAGUAAAAGUGGCAGGCAGCCAAAUCUAGGGCAAAAAUCAAAAAGGGCCACUUUUCAACAUAAUUGUGUAAGGGGUAAGAGUGUUGUAAAAACAAGCCUGAAGGCUUUGUGUCUCAAUGCAAGGAACAUUCGUAAUAAGGUGGAUGAGUUGAAUGUGCAGAUAGCUAUUAAUAAUUAUGAUAUAGUUGGGAUCACGGACACAUGACUCCAGGGUGACCAAGGCUGGGAGCUGAACAUCCAGGGAUAUUCAAUAUUCAGGAGGGAUAGACAGAAAGGAAAAGGAGGUGGGGUAGUGUUGCUGGUUAGAGAGGAGAUUAACGCAAUGGAAAGGAAGAACAUUAACUUGGAGGAUGUGGAAUCGAUAUGGGUAGAGCUGCGAAACACUAAGGGGCAGAAAACGCUGGUGGGUGUUGUGUACAGGCCACCUAACAGUAGUAGUGAAGUUGGGGAUGGCAUCAAACAGGAAAUUAGAAAUGCGUGCAACAAAGGUAAAACAGUUAUAAUGGGUGACUUCAAUCUACAUAUAGAUUGGGUGAAUCAAAUUGGCAGGGGUGCUGAGGAAGAGGAUUUCUUGGAAUGUAUGCGGGAUAGUUUUCUAAACCAACAUGUAGAGGAACCAACGAGAGAGCAGGCUAUUCUAGACUGGGUACUGAGUAAUGAGGAAGGGUUAGUUAGCAGUCUUGUUGUGCGUGGCCCCUUGGGCAAGAGCGACCAUAAUAUGGUUGAGUUCUUCAUUAGGAUGGAGAGUGACAUUGUUAAUUCAGAAACAAUGGUUCUGAACUUAAAGAAAGGUAACUUUGAGAGUAUGAGACGUGAAUUGGCCAAGAUUGACUGGCAAUUAAUUCUUAAAGGGUUGACGGUGGAUAUGCAAUGGAAGGCAUUUAAAUACUGCAUGGAUGAACUACAACAAUUGUUCAGCCCAGUUUGGCAAAAAUAAUAAAUCAGGGAAGGUAGUGCAUCCGUGGAUUACAAGGGAAAUCAGGGAUAGUAUCAAAGCAAAAGAUGAAGCGUACAAAUUAGCCAGAAAAAGCCGCCUACCAGAGGAAUGGGAGAAAUUCAGAGACCAGCAGAGGAGGACAAAGGGCUUAAUUAGGAAAGGGAAAAUAGAUUAUGAAAGAAAACUGGCAGGGAACAUAAAAACUGACUGCAAAAGUGUUUAUAGAUAUGUGAAGAGAAAGAGAUUAGUAAAAACAAAUGUAGGUCCCUUGCAGUCAGAAACAGGUGAAUUGAUCAUGGGGAACAAGGACAUGGCAGACCAAUUGAAUAACUACUUUGGUUCCGUCUUCACCAAGGAAGACAUAAAUAAUCUGCCUGAAAUGGCAGAGGACCGCGGGUCAACUGAGAUGGAGGAACUGAGUGAAAUCCAGGUUAGCCGGGAAGUGGUGUUAGUUAAAUUGAAUGGAUUAAAGGCCGAUAAAUCCCCAGGGCCAGAUAGACUGCAUCCAAGAGUACUUAAGGAAGUAGCUCCAGAACUAGUGGAUGCAUUAGUGAUAAUUUUUCAAAACUCUUUUGAUUCUGGAGUAGUUCCUGAGGAUUGGAGGGUAGCUAAUGUAACUCCACUUUUUAAAAAGGGAGGGAGAGAGAAAACGGGCCAGUUAGUCUAACAUCGGUAGUGGGGAAACUGUUAGAGUCAGUUAUUAAAGAUGGGAUAGUAGCACAUUUGGAAAGUGGUGAAAUCAUUGGACAAAGCAUGGAUUUACGAAAGGUAAAUCAUGUCUGACGAAUCUUAUAGAAUUUUUCGAGGAUGUAACGAGUGGAUAGGGGAGAAACAGUGGAUGUGUUAUAUCUGGACUUUCAGAAGGCUUUCGACAAGGUCCCACAUAAGAGAUUAGUAUACAAACUUAAAGCACAUGGUAUUGGGGGUUCAGUGUUGAUGUGGAUAGAGAAUUGGCUGGCAAACAGGAAGCAAAGAGUAGGAAUAAACGGGUCCUUUUCAGAAUGGCAGGCAGUGACUAGUGGGGUACCGCAAGACUCAGUGCUGGGAUCCCAGCUAUUUACAAUAUAUAUUAAUGAUUUGGAUGAGGGAAUUGAAUGCAACAUCUCCAAGUUUGCGGAUGACACAAAGCUGGGGGGCAGUGGUAGCUGUGAGGAGGAUGCUAGGAGGCUGCAAGGUGACUUGGAUAGGCUGAGUGAGUGGGAAAAUGCAUGGCAGAUGCAGUAUAAUGUGGAUAAAUGUGAGGUUAUCCACUUUGGUGGCAAAAACAGGAAAGCUGACUAUUAUCUAAAUGGUGGCACAUUAGGAAAAGGGGAGAUGCAACGAGACCUGGGUGUCAUGGUACACCAGUUAUUGAAAGUAGACAUGCAGGUGCAGCAGGUAGUAAAGAAAGCGAAUGAUAUGUUGGCAUUCAUAGCGAAAGGAUUUGAGUAUAGGAGCAGGGAGGUUCUGCUGCAGUUGUACUUGGUGAGACAAUACCUGGAGUAUUGCGUACAGUUUUGGUCUCCAAAUCUGAGGAAGGACAUUAUUGCUAUAGGGGGAGUGCAGAGAAGGUUCACCAGACUGAUUCCUGGGAUGCCAGGACUUUCUUAUGAAGAAAGACUGGAUAGACUCGGAUUGUACUUGCUAGAAUUUAGGAGAUUGAGGGGGGAUCUUAUAGAAACUUACAAAAUUCUUAAGGGAUUGGACAGACUAGAUGCAGGAAGAUUGUUCCCGAUGUUGGGGAAGUCCAGGACAAGGGGUCACAGCUUAAGGAUAGAGGGGAAAUCCUUUAGAACCAAGAUGAGAAAAACAUUUUUCACGCAGAGAGUGGUGAAUCUCUGCAACUCUCUGCCGCAGAAGUUAGUUGAGGCCAGUUCAUUGGCUAUAUUUAAGAGGGAGUUAGAUGUGGCCCUUGUGGCUAGAGGGAUCAGGGGUAUGGAGAGAAGGCAGGUACGGGAUACUGAGUUGGAUGAUUAGCCAUGAUCAUAUUGAAUGGUGGUGCAGGCUCGAAGGGCUGAAUAGUCUACUCCUGCACCUAUUUUCGAUGUUUCUAUGUAAACAUUUCACUCAGUAGACAUCGUAGUAAACCACAAAAAGAUGUGUGUGUGUGUGUGUGUGUAUGUAUAUAUAUAUACCUCUGGAAACAAAUGUUAGCUACCCACCACCUUCUGUGGAAAAAAACCACGAUAAAAGCAUGAAAAAACAUGAAUGAAAACAUGAACUAAGCAACAAUUUGACUAUUCUUUCCUGAUCAUAUUUCUUAUGUUAUUGUGUCAGUGUUUUGCUUACCACUGGUUUGUCAAGCAUAGGCAUUUAAUUGACACUAGUCCUGGUAAAUAAUGUUUAUUAGUUUCUAUGUUGGGCACACACAAAUGUGUUGAGAUGUCGCCCGUCAAUCAUUAUCUUCUUUCCCCAGGCCUUUUCCAACACCAUUCCUUUGGUAUUAAACUCCAGGAAAUGUACCACUAUGGACCUAGGUGGUGCUUUACGUUCUGGUUUGGGAGCGAAAGCUCUGUGCGCGCGCUGGAUCCGUAUGUUGGUGUCCGUUGUUAUUGCGAGUUCAGUUUUCAAACAUUGCUCCACAAAUUCAGACAUGGAUUUGCUUUUUUUCUCUUCGGGUACGCCGUAGAUGCGAAUGAUAUUUCGUUAUAGAUCGUCCUUCCAAAUCAGUCAGUUUUUCUUGCAUGACUUUCUGUUUUUUCAUAGAUUUAAUCAGCACAUGUUUCAUAGCCAUGCUAAUUGUCUCAGCCUCCUAGAUUUGUGCCUCUGCUUUCUUAGUCUAGUUUCGUGGGCGUGGUUUUUUUUUUUUUUGGAAUUAGCAGAAAGUUUAUGGUAUAUUUCUUGCUUCAGAUCUUUGAGUUCGGCUUUCAUGUCUUCUUUGAGCUUCUUAAAGUUUAUGUAAGUCCACUUUAUAUUCAGCCCUGAAGUCACGUAUUUCCUUACUGAUAUUGUGGAGCAUUGAACGCAUGUUUUCUGCCGAGUCAUCGUUUGAGCUUUGAGCUUUGUCCAUCUCCGGUGAAUUCUUUCUUUCUAGUCCGUCACG